AUGGGUGCCUCCUUCCAGAACUGCUUCAACUUCUACUCUGGUGCGGACCCUACUAAUGGCUUUGUCCGCUACCUCAACCAAACCGACGCCUUGUCGCAAGGCCUCUACCAGGUAUCCGGCAACAACGUCUAUCUCAAUGUCGACAGCAAGAACGUCGCGCCCAACGGGCGUGCCAGCUUACGAUUAGAGAGCAAGAAGCUCUACAAUCGCGGCCUCUUCAUCUUGGAUGUGAUGCACAUGCCUGCCAGCACUUGCGGGAGCUGGCCGAGUUUUUGGUCCUUCGGUCCAGAGAAGACGUGGCCUGCGAACGGCGAGAUCGACAUCAUCGAAGGCAUCCACGACUCUACUAGAAACGCUAUGUCACUACACACAUCCGAUGGAUGCACCAUAACUGGGACUGGCAGCACGGGCACGGUCAAGACGAAGAACUGCUACGUCAAUGCUGCGGGCCAGACGAGUAAUGCUGGGUGCGGUACCCCCCUCAACCCCAAAUUCGGCGGUAUAUACGCUAUGCAGUGGACCUCCACCAGCAUAAAGAUGUGGUUCUUCCCACGCGACUCGAUCCCUUACAAUCUAUACGGCAACAAUCCCGACCCCACGCUCUGGGGUACGCCCAGCGCCAACUUCGCCGGCAGCGCCUGCGACUUCAAUAAACACUUCAUCAACCACAAACUUGUCAUCGACACCACGUUCUGCGGAGACUGGGGCAACGCGGUAUGGGCGAGUAACGCAGUGUGCAGCAAGAAGGCGACGACAUGUAAUGAGUUUGUGGCGAAUAAUCCGAGUGCGUUUGCGGAGAGUUAUUGGAGGAUUAACUAUCUCAAGGUAUUCAAGGAGUAG